CUCGAGUUUCUUCGAGGGAUUUGGCGAGAGCGCGAGGGGAAGGCGAAUGCUCGCUCGGGUGUGCAGUCUAUGCAAUUUUGGCUCUCCUGUUUACAUUCUGCCAAAUCUGCGGCCUACAGCAUCAUAACGGCUGGGCUCCCCUGAUCCUUUGGGCCCCAGAUUCGGUCCGAUUCGUGCACGCCGCGUGGAGUUUGCCCGGGGAGAUUGUGAUUUAAGCCCGAGGCGGGAGCAGUUUUGGAGCUACAAGGCGUCUUUGAAGUCUGUCGCUCGAGAGUCGAAUAGAGUCGUGGAUCAGGUUAUCGGUGUGUUCGCAGUCGCGCAUCUCGGCAGCCAGCCAGGCAUGCGUGAGGCCGUGCUUCGAAUUUGGCCGUAGAGUGGUCGUUCGUUCGCUGCAGGCGUGCGUGCAUGAGACGGAGGAUUUUCGCUGGGUUAGAGAUGGGUUCGUCCGCUUCCGGGCUUGAGGCUUGGUCAGGAGGAUUGUCGAGAGGGGUGUGAGCGUUUUCGUGGGUCUCGCGAGCGGGCUCCGGUUCUUGGGCGAGAGUGCGGUUCUUCCGGUCCUCUGGGUUUCUGCCUGCGCUGCGUUUGCGUCGGUGUGGAUUGAAGGUGGGACGGUGUGCCUGAGGGCUCGAGAGCAGGAGGUUAGGGUAAAGAUGAAGUUCGGGAAGAUUAUGCAGAAUCAGUUGGAUGACACCAUUCCCGAGUGGAGGGAGAAAUUUCUGUGCUAUAAGCAGUUGAAGAAGCGGCUAAAAUCCAUUCAGGCUCCCGUGUGCUUCACGAAAGCAGCAUUUGUGGAGAAUAAUGCAUUCUCGUCGCCGAGCUUGGACGGGUGCCUGACGAAAGAUCCCUCGGACGAGGUGGACGAGGCCGAUACCGAGAGGGAUGAGAACGAAGAAGCGAGGGGUGAGAAGCGAGGAGCGGCGGAGCUGGUGGACAGCGAUGCCUCAGAUACCGCUCCCUUCGAGCAUCCGAGCCCGAAGAAGAGGAAGGUACUGACAGUGGAAGAAGUGGUUGAAGAGCUUUCGGCAGUGGCGGCGGAGGACUCCAAUGGGGUUCUUAGCAAUGACGAUUCCGGCGAAGAAAACAGGGUCGCCCAACUCAUGGCUAAGGACAAGGAGUUCAUCCGGCUGCUCAAUGUUGAACUGGACAAGUUCAACAACUUCUUCAUUGAGAAGGAAGAGGAGUACGUGAUUCGCCUGCACCAGCUGAAGGAGAGGAUCGAACGGGUGAAGGUCAAGUACGCCGAGAAUGGCAACGCCUGCGACAGAUCCUGCGAGGAGGAGUGCACCCGGAUACAGAUGGACAUCGUGACUUUCCACGGAGAGAUGGUGCUGCUGGAGAACUACAGCUCGCUUAACUACAUGGGUCUGGUCAAGAUCCUCAAGAAGCAUGACAAGCGGACCGGGGCCGUGCUGCGUAUGCCUUUCAUUGUAAGUGUCCUGCACCAGCCGUUUUUCAGUACCAAACUGCUGUCGAAGCUGGUCUUGGAGUGCCUGGAGUGUGCCAACAGCAUACGCUCCAUUCUCCCUCCCAGUCCCAUGCACGAAGCUGUUGUGGAGGAAGGGGUCAUCGAGGAUGCUUCUCUGAGCCAGGCCAUGGAGUCGGAGCCCAUACAUCGGCAAACCCUGGCCGCUCUACGCACUAUCCAAGCCAUGCGCAAAGCUUAAGAUCUGAGGUCUCAGGAGCAGGCGUACAGCUGUUGGUGUGUUUUCUACUCAAAUUUCAACCACGGAGAGCCAAAGUUCUCUAAUAGCUGGUAUUCUCUCCCCGGACGAGGACCCGAGAAUACCAUUACCGAUGAGUGAGUGGGGGCCUGGACAUAAUUGCCUUUGACCAUUUCCCACCAGCAGUUUUAUACCGACAUGUACACGAUUCAUUUUAGGACGUUUUUUUAGGACGCUGAAACGUCAGGCACCCCCAUAUCAUAGUAGCACGGCUCAUGCAACUAUUCUUCACACCCGGUCGUAGCGAUGGGGAGAUUACUCAGGUAUAGGAGACAGGUGUGGGGAUCUGGGAUUCUUCGGUGGACGAGUGAGCAGUUCGGACUAUGGAGCUUGGGAUCCUGAUUCCUGGGAUUGAAGAUUUUCCCAUUUAUUUGCUUAUCCGAAAUGUUUUAGGGAGGCUUCUCCUUGCUUCUCUCCUCCGCUGCUCUGCUCCCAGAGGUUGGAGAGAUGGUGUGUAUACGUUUGCUACGACAACCGCUGUUGGAGGGUGGUGGAGGGCGUCCAUCUCUCACGGCCUCGAAGUAUAAGGAAGAUGUUCUGGCGGUUAUCUCAUAUGUGUGUCGUCUCCGAAGGUAGCUUGCACUCGGAGUUGGCUUCAGCAACUUGACGCCUCGGUCCUCUACUGCUGUCUCAUACUCGUCGCCCUCGCAGUGGGGGGUUCUUCGACUUCGAGUUGCUGAUUCCAACACAGAGCCGAAGCUCUGUUUAGAUUACUGCUUAAGAGGAAAAAAAAAUCAUAGGCGUGGGAAGCAACCCCCUGUUUGUACGUGGACGGGUUUUCCCUGGCCUCAAUUCACAGAUCGAUUUCAUAGGAGGGUCAAAAUUCAUCCCCUAGUGCAUUUCUGAUCGUCCCCGAGCACGGUGCGUGGUUUCCAUCAGGGUGAUCGCGACUCUGCCGCAGCCUGCCGUCUCGAAGGGCACAUCACCGAAACAUUUCUUACAAUUGGCAUCAGAAUGUUCUGAUGGAACCUUUAGUUUGAUACUCUGUUCAUGCAAGCUGGGCUCGAGCUUGUACCAUACUUUUGCACUUUGCCAGUUGAUUGAGAAGUCUAUCCUGAUAGUUGGAACAAUCUUGUAAAGAGGAGCCACGGCACCACAAGGUGUUGGUGCAUCGGUUAUGAUAAAGACCUAAACUUUCAAUUUGAUUAAUUAUAUUCUUGUUUGUUUU